AUGGCUCUUUUGGCAAGCUGUGGAGAGCUGCACGUGGCUAUUAAUAAAGCGAUUCAUAUCGCAAUGGAAAUGUCUCAAGUCCCCAAAUCGGUGGAGCUCCCAAAUGUCGAAUUCGUUGGUGUUCCGCUUGACGAUAACACAAGUAGUGGUCACGCCAUCCUUUCCCAUGAAUACUCUGGCGUUCUUGAAGAAUACGAAAUCACUACUUCUAGUGGGAUUCCUAUCCGUGUAUAUCGACAACCCUCGAAUUCCAAAUCUGCUAUUUUAACAUACCACGAUAUCGGGACAAAUUACACGUCAUUCUUGGGCUUUUUCUCCUACCCUGAGAUGCGGGUGAUUUCGCGUCAUUUUACAAUCUACCAUGUCUGUGCUCCGGGUCAUCAUGAAGGGGCUGAGGCACUUACAGUUAAUCAGUACCCUAGAAUGGACGAGCUGGCCGAAAUGCUAACCUCAGUUGUGGACUACUUUAAAAUAAAAUACUUUAUCGGUUUCGGCAUGGGUGCCGGCUCCAACAUUCUGGCCCGUUUUGCGCUCCAUCACCCGGAGAAUGUACUUGCUCUGUUUCUGCUCAACCCGAAUGGAACAACUCACGGUUACUACGAGUGGUUCCGCAAUCGCUGGUCUGAUUUGCCCAAUCUGCAGCGUGGUUUCUUCACUGAUAACCUCCUCAGCCAACUUGAAGCUCAUUGGUUCGGAUUUGGUCUAGCGGACAAUCACGAUCUAGUUGCCUUUUACACUCAACUUGCUCGCAGCCUAAAUCCUGUCAACUUGGCGGGCUAUAUUGAUUCCUACAUUAACCGCACCGACCUCGGUCUAGUCCGCUGUCUUGAUCCACCCUCGGUGAUUGAACAGCGUGAGCGCGAGGCCGAGUCUCAAGGAGCUCAACCCACUGCGAUCAAGGUCAACUGUUGUCUGGUAACGGGUGCUCUAGCGCAGGAUUUGGCUCGCGCAUUGUCUGACCUAAAUGGACGCAUGGAUCCGAGGAGGACGCAGUUCCUUCUAGUGCCCGAUUGCAAUGGAUUUUUGAUGGAAGAGGACCCAGACAAGUUGGCGGUGAACUUUCUGCAUUUUCUGCGGAACGAGGGCUUUUUGGUGUGUAUGACUCCAGAGAAGCUACGCAAGGAAGCAUCUGCAGUGCAGAUGGAACUAGCGCGAAAAACCAAUCAGGAGCUGCCUAGCUCGGCCUUCAUGCCAGAACAGGAGGCUUAG